AACUGAUAUAGAUACAAACAUAAAGAUACAAACUUCUAUACUACAAAGGCUACUGUGAUAAAUCUAUGGGUUUUCCUCAAAAGAUGACGAUAAAGAGAGACGACAACAUUUGUAAAGUGUGGAUUGUGAUCACAACUACAAUUUCCACAGAAUUAUUCAUGUAGAAAACUCACGACCAGUUGUGCGGGAGAACUUGGUGUUGUGAUGUCCGAAAUUGGCAGUUGCCCAGUUAACCAAGAUAAAGUAAUAGGAAAGAGAUUGCCUGUCAAGUGGCCUAGAGUUGAGAAGAACAUUGGUUUCCAAAUGUGUCUCAGAAAAUGUGAGGCGAUGUCCUAUUGCCUGUCCAUUAACUUUAAUCGUGUUUUCUUGGAGUGUGAGCUCAAUGAGAGGAAGAAAAAUGACACAAAUGAUCUAGUGGACGAUGAUAGCUAUUUUUAUGCUGAAACAGUUAGGACAGAUCAUAAGAGUAACGUUUGUGGCGAUACGGUUUGCAACAACUACUCUACAUGUGUUACGAUGGCAGGGAAUAGAAAAAUUUGCAUUGAAACAGAGUGUUCCGAAUCAGCUCCAGAGAUAUCAAACGGAAACAUUGUUCAGCGGACAUAUUCUCCGGCGUCCAUUACUUAUGGUUGUAACAAGGACUUCAUCGGUUAUGGUACCACCCAAACCAUUAACUGUUCUAUUGGCGGGAAAUGGUCACCUCUUGAUUACCGAUGUGAACAUAAAAAUUGCUCUCAAACAACACCAGUAAUACAAAAUGGAAACAUUGUUCAGCGGACAUAUUCUCCGGCAUCCAUUACUUAUGGUUGUAACAAGAACUUCAUCGGUUAUGGUACCACCCAAACCAUUUACUGUUCCAAUGGCGGGAAAUGGUCACCUCUUGAUUACCGAUGUGAACAUAAAAAUUGCUCUGAAACAACACCAGUAAUACCAAACGGACACAUUGUUCAGCGGACAUAUUCUCCGGCGUCCAUUACUUAUGGUUGUGAUCCGAACUACAUCAGUCAUGGUUCGAAACAAACCAUUAAUUGUACUGAAGGCUGGGGUUGGUCACCUCUAGAUUACCGUUGUUCAAUAAGUUACACCAGGCUGGUUGGUUCCAAUGUGCCCUUUGAAGGACGAGUGGAAGUCUUCUUAUAUGGAUCCUGGGGAACUGUCUGUGAUGAUUAUUUUGAAAUAACCGAUGCCAAUGUCGUUUGUAGAAGUUUGGGAUUUCCAGGUGCAUUACAGGUAACUCAUAAAUAUGGAAGCGGCACCGGGGAUAUUUUAAUGGAUGACGUGAGUUGUGUAUCUAAUGAGGCAACAAUAUUGGACUGUGGCUAUAUAACGUCACAUAACUGUGACCAUUCCGAAGAUGUCGGAGUUAUUUGCAAACAUUGAACGAGUUUUUCUUUCAUGAGAGGGGGUCCACGUUGCGUUGCAAUUAUUACUAAUAACAUUUUUUAUCUGCGAAACAUUGAUGAUAAUGUGAUUCGCAAAAAUGCUAUAUGUAACAUUUAUAUCAAACAUUGUACUGGUUUUACAUGGAACUUGUAUUUUUUCCAUUUUUAGUGAAGAUAAGUAAUGUUUAGGUGAUUUGCUAUUUAGGAUUUAAAAUCGAUAUGUGAUUCAAUACUGUAACAUGUAGCUAACUUUGUAGAUAUUAAUAUGUAAUCAAUAGUACAAAAUGUCAUUUCUCCAAAUAAAAUACUGCUCAUCUCAAUUUCUGCUAUAAGUUAAGUUACAAUUUUUGACAAAUUGAUUUAAGAAUUUUGAGAAUCCAUAUUAAAUUUUACGUGAAACUAUUAAAUAUUCAUAAGGGGAGAUGAGAUUUUGUUUUACUAUACAAAAAUAUCGAUUCAAUGACAAACUUGCUUAGAGCAUCAAGGCAUCGUUUCGACACAAAAACAAAUGCAAUAUACUGUUGCAUAUUUUCGAUUGUUUGUUUUUUGUUAAGUUUUUCUGUCACAUUAAUUAUUCAACAUGUGCGAUGUAUUUUCAUAUAAACAUUGCAAUCGAUACAAUUAAAAAUGAACAUCAACGUAACACAAUGAAUGACUACAACAUUGCAUCCUUCGAUAUAAUUUGAUUCAGAAAUGGUCAUCUACCAUGCAUCACCUCUUGAUUAGAGUAUGGUUUCAUGCAUGUGUCGUUGUAUACUAAGAAAAC